GAUACUUUCACGGUAAAUUUUGUCAAGUUGUCAUCCUUAUGUCGAUCCACCUUCAGGCAGUUGAGAACAGGGGAGCUUGAUAAAAGGCUAACAAGAGAUUCUUCGUCUUUGUACACCACAAAGCGAAGACUCAGAGUUAAGAGAGAUGGUAGGCGAACAGGGGAAGAAACGUUCACUAGAAUCUUGUUGGAUAGACUUAAAUCAACGAGCGUGUUGCAUGUGUAAAGGCACUUAGGAAAUCCUGUGGGUUCUGCGGUCCAGAGGAGAUUGAAAUCUAACUCUUUCACACCUCUAUUAACUACGUUCUCAACCCACUUUCCGACAUCUACGUCAACAGGACAAUGUGGACCGAGUUCCACAACCAAACUAUCUAGUUUCGGUGCCUUAUGGAGUUGCAAUGACUUUUCAAUAAACCACCCCACGCUCUCGCUGUCAUCUUCUUUGAAUUCGAGUCUAGGCACCAUCGGCCAGACAUAACGCCAUCGUUUAGACAAGAUUGAAGUGGCGACUGCCUCUUUUGUUGGGACGUGAUGCAAGAUCUGCAAGAGCAAAUCGUUAGGAAAAGCACAGAUUCUAGUUUCGUUUAUCUGACAACUUUCGGUUUCUGGAACAGUUGAUAUAUGCUCAUCGUCGUGUAUAAUAUCCCAAAAAAAAGACCAACAACUUAAGCAACCCAUAGAUGUGGCCAUGUGGGAUACCGGAUACCUAGCUAGACGCCAAUGGAACUUUUUUCUCGUCGCUGGCUGUGACACAAAAAGAAAAGGAGGCGAAAAUGGUGCAGCGUCUUGUUUACCGGUCGCGACACAGCUACGCCACCAAAUCGAACCAGCACCGUAUCGUCAAGACUCCAGGAGGUAAAUUGGUGUAUCAAACCACAAAGAAGAGAGCUAGUGGCCCCAAAUGUCCUGUUACUGGCAAGCGUAUUCAAGGAAUCCCUCACUUGAGGCCCUCUGAGUACAAGAGGUCAAGAUUAUCAAGAAACAGGAGGACUGUAAACCGAGCAUACGGUGGAGUCUUGUCUGGUUCUGCAGUCAGGGAAAGGUUUGUUGUCCAUCUUACUUGAGUCAUCUUUCUAUUACAAUAAAUUUGGUGUUCUUUAACGUAAUGUUGUUUUUGGAUUCCGACAGGAUCAUUCGGGCAUUCCUUGUCGAAGAGCAAAAGAUUGUGAAGAAAGUGUUGAAACUCCAAAAGGCUAAGGAGAAAGUAGCCCCCAAGGCUUAAGCUUUUAUGUUUUAUUCUUCUCUGUUUUGGAAUUAUGGCUAUGUUCAAGUGAUAGGACUUGGUGCAGUCAUGUGAGGACAUCUAUGUUACUCGACCAAUUUUUAAGCUUUGUAUUCUGUUAUCAGUUCUUAACUUUGUCGACAAUUCUCUUCUCUUCAGUUUUGGAAUUGUUGAAUUCAUCUUUAAUGUUCUAUUGUUGAUGCAUAUCACAUAAGCUGUUGUGAUUACCUUCUUGGUUAAUAUAAUAUUUCUGAAUC